CCAUUCCGCUUUGUGGACAACGACUCCCAUUGUUAGGGCGGAGAGACAUCUGUCUUGUCAGUAUAUCCAUAAUCUUUGGUACUGUCUUUGCCCGCCCCCUUCGCUUGUCGCUGGACAAUGACGUACGUUUUACUCGCUGUUUACAAUUGCGACUGCUUGCUAAAUGAAGGAAAGAUACAUUUACAGUAGCUAACAAAUACCCAGUGAACGGUAGAAAAACCAAGAAGGCUCCUUUGCAAUGUCCAACAGAACAGCAUAUUUUUAUGAUCCGGACGUGGGGAACUUUCAUUAUGGUGCAGGUCACCCUAUGAAACCCCAUCGUCUCUCUCUGACGCACAGCCUUGUUUUGCACUAUGGCCUCUACAAAAAGAUGCAGGUUUUCAAACCAUACAAAGCCUCACAACACGACAUGUGCCGAUUCCACUCAGAAGAUUACAUAGACUUUCUGCAGAAGGUCAGCCCCAACAAUAUGCAGGGUUUCACAAAGAGUCUCAACACCUUUAAUGUUGGGGAUGACUGCCCUGUAUUCCCAGGCCUGUUUGAGUUCUGCUCCAGGUAUACAGGAGCAUCUCUACAGGGAGCAACACAGCUAAACCACAAGAUAUGUGACAUCGCCAUCAACUGGGCCGGGGGUCUUCAUCAUGCCAAGAAAUUUGAAGCCUCUGGAUUUUGCUAUGUGAACGACAUUGUCAUCAGUAUACUGGAGCUUCUGAAGUACCACCCGCGUGUGUUGUACAUAGACAUUGACAUUCACCAUGGCGAUGGGGUGCAGGAAGCCUUCUACCUGACUGAUCGGGUCAUGACUGUAUCCUUCCACAAGUACGGGAACUACUUCUUUCCAGGAACAGGUGACAUGUAUGAGGUAGGGGCAGAGAGUGGCCGGUACUACUGCCUGAACGUGCCUCUCCGGGAUGGGAUCGAUGACCAGAGCUACAGGCAACUCUUUCAGCCAGUCAUCAAGCAAGUGGUGGACUUUUACCAGCCAACCUGUAUCGUUCUUCAGUGUGGGGCUGACUCGCUGGGCUGUGACAGAUUAGGGUGCUUCAACCUCAGUAUACGAGGCCAUGGGGAGUGUGUGGAGUUUGUGAAGAGCUUUAGGAUUCCACUGCUGGUACUGGGAGGAGGAGGGUACACAGUACGCAACGUGGCCAGAUGCUGGACCUAUGAGACCUCCCUCCUGGUUGAUGAGCCAAUUAGUGAUGAGCUGCCUUAUAGCGAGUACUUUGAGUAUUUUGCUCCAGACUUCACGCUCCACCCAGACGUCAGCACCAGGAUAGAGAACCAGAACUCCAGACAGUACCUGGAACAGAUCCGUUCGACGGUCUUUGAGAACUUGAAGAUGUUGAACCAUUCCCCCAGUGUCCAGAUCCACGAUGUGCCCUCGGACAUCCUGAGCUACGAGCGCACUGAUGAGGGAGACCCAGAUGAGAGGGGGUCAGAGGACAACUAUUCCAGGCCAGAGGCAGCCAAUGAGUUCUACGAUGGUGACCAUGACAACGACAAGGAGAGCGAUGUGGAGAUCUGAACGCUCAGUUCAUGUCAGACUUUUCCCUCUGAUCGCUCUCAUGAUAUUAUUGGGAAACCAACCAUCACCAAGGCUGCAGUCUCUAAGGAGAGUUGACCAAACUUCUUCUCCCCAACAAAUGGACUAUUCAACAAUCCCCAUCUCAUGGACUUGACCAUACUAUACUCAGAGCAAGAGACUACCACCAUGAAUUUGUACUAUAUGUCUAUCAUUGAGUAUGUAGAGGACAUCACCAUGAGCAGUUCUAUUGACAAGCACUUCAAAUCAAAUAUUAUUAGUCACAUGCUUUGUAAACAGGUGUAGACUAACAGUGAAAUGCUUACUUACGGGUUA